AUGUCUCACGAGCAGAUCAACGAGCACCUCGACCAAGUAUAUGCAGAGCUAGAAAGUGCUCUGCAGGAAGACACCGAGAUGGCAAAGCUACUGUUUGUCAUGGGGAUUGGCUGUAUUUGGAUGGCGUCCUGGAAGAAAGAGGCUCUCUCACCAUGGAAGCACAAAGCAUAUAAACUGCUCUGCAGUGGACAGUCUAGGCUUGAGCGACUGCGUGACUCAUUCUCGCCACCGCUGGAGUUGCUGCAGGCAUACGUUCUCAAGUGCCAAUUAGAGCUGUACUUUGGUCGCGUCAACAGCGCAUGGCUUACACUCGGGUUGGCAGUUCGUCUCGGCCAGCUGUCUAAUAUUCAGAGAAAACUGCACUCAGAAGACGCCAUGAAAGCACAUGCGCACAUUUCGCUGUUCUGGGCCAUGUACAUGAUGGAUCGCUACCUCGCCGUAGCGCUUGGACUACCGUUUGCAAUUCAGGACGCCGACAUAACAGUCCCGCUCGUCCCAGAGCUUUCCGAGCAAGUCGGCAGGAGCUUGGGCCAGGACGAGACGAGGUUGUGGGUUGGAGUAGUUGCCCACGUGAGACUUGCGCAAAUCAUCGGCCACAUCAUGGCGGCCCUCUAUUCGGUGACAGCAUCAGCGUCACCGCCAGCGGACAGCAUCAUGGGUGCACUGGAAUUAGAGCUUCGGCAGUGGCUCUCGCAGACCCCACCCUUCUUCCAUCCGAAGCCAGAAAGCGAGGCUGCCCCGGAACCAUUGUUUUAUGAUGUUCCCUGGAAAUUCAAAAGACAGCAACGAACAAUACAGGGAGCCUUUUUCUUUGCAAACAUGCUGCUUUACAGGGGCUACUUGCUGAGGGAGUUCCUUCAGCAGGUGCCGGAUACGCCCCGCCGCGGCCCUUGUCCUGCAAGGGUUGCAAAAUGUGUGGAAAAUGCAAUGGCCAUGCUUGCUCUGGCCGCAGAGUUUGGCGCCGAAGACCUUCAUUAUAAUUCUACUUUCUGGAUUUCUACUCACUUCAUCUACUGUGCCAUUUCGGUGCUCCUUGUGUAUCUCAGUCUCUACCAGGAAUGCGAUGGGACAGACAGGAUCAAAGCUGCUGUCGAGUUGGCAAUCAAGACUCAUCUGAACAACACAGACGACCAAUGCGACGCGACGGGAGAAGGCGCGGAGACGCUAACGUGGGAGCAUCAGCGCGGACAAGUUGAGCUCUCUUCUGGCUUAUUGUCGCCUACACAAAGAGACGGCGGUACAGAAACUCUGGGGCCUUCCUUAGACGUAUUUUCGAGUGGUGAAGUCGCGGUCAACGGGCCGUGGGAAUCGAGUGGUCCAACAGAGGAUGCGUUGUCGACUAUGGCAUACUUUGGGCCUUUUGAUACAAGCGGUGACUUUGAUGUUGUCAUGUCUAUUGGCUUUGAUAGCCAUUCAGCCCUAGAUACACUUAGGAACGAUGGAAUUUUUGAGUUUCAAUAG